UUCUAUUACUUCAUUCUGACGUUUCGUAAACAAAAGCAGGGACAAACAAGUAAAAGACACAAUUUUGUCAAAAUAAACUAAAACUACAAAAAGUGAAUUUUUAUAUCUAUAAUAUUAAAAUAAAUAUUAAAUUUUAAAUUUAACACAUGGCGAAUCGCACAGUGAAGGAAGCGAAAAAUGUGCAUGGUACAAAUCCGCAAUAUUUAAUUGAAAAAAUUAUACGUUCUCGCAUAUAUGAUUCUAAAUAUUGGAAGGAACAAUGCUUCGCGCUGACAGCAGAACUAUUGGUCGAUAAAGCUAUGGAAUUACGAUUUAUUGGUGGUGUCUAUGGUGGAAACAUAAAACCUACACAAUUUCUAUGUUUAACAUUAAAAAUGUUGCAAAUACAACCAGAAAAAGAUAUUGUAGUCGAAUUUAUAAAAAAUGAAGAGUUCAAGUAUGUACGUGCACUUGGAGCGUUCUAUUUACGACUAACCGGUAGUGCUAUGGAUUGCUAUAAAUAUUUGGAACCAUUAUAUAAUGACAAUAGAAAGUUAAGACGUCAAAAUCGUGGUGGCCAAUAUGAAAUAGUUUACAUGGAUGAUUUCAUAGACGAACUAUUAAGAGCUGAUCGCGUUUGUGAUAUAAUUUUACCCAGAAUACAAAAACGUUCUAUACUUGAAGAAAAUAAUGAACUAGAACCUAAAAUAUCAGCAUUAGAUGAAGAUCUUGAUGAAGAAAUUGUAAGUGAAGAAGAUGAGCCCGUUAAGAGUGAACCAAAAAUUAAAACGCCAUCAAAGAAAAAGUCAAAGAAGGAACGUUCUCGUAGUCGUUCACAUUCAAGGGAACGUGGACGUUUGCGUGAUUAUAAUGAUGAUUUAGAAGCUUAUAGCCGACACAGAGAACGUUAUAAUCGUGACAAGGAUUAUGAGCGUGACAGAGAUUAUGAACGUAAUUAUGAGAAAACUAGCUCUAGCCGUUAUCGUGAAGAGCGUGACCGUGGUCAUCAUAGUUAUGAUGAUUAUCAUAGCAGCAAACGUUAUGAGUCGAGAGAUUCACGCGGUGAUCGUGAUAGAAGGCGGCAUUAAUAUUAUUGAUUUAAGUUAUUCUUAAAAAUAUAAUAAAUUUUCUUUUAUAAA